GCCCCGUGCCAAUGCGGGGCGGGCGCGGCACGCCGGGGGCGCCUCCACCACCGCGGUGGAAACUUCCCCUCGCCGCCGGGCCGACGCGCGGCUGAAGCCCCCGGCGGGGAGGAGCGGAGCGGGGUUUCGCCCGCCUGGGGGGGCGCCUCGUCUAGUUUGGUUUUUCCUACAUUGGAAGGGCAAAAGCGAAUACUGUUACCCGGCUUUAAACUUCCGCGCUCCGCUCUCCAGGACGCGCAUCCCGCCCGGCGGGGUGGGCGAGCCGGUGGUGGUGCUCCUGAAGUGCUGAGCUGGGGUCAGCUGGAAGAUGACUGAAUACAAGCUGGUGGUGGUGGGAGCAGGUGGUGUUGGGAAGAGUGCUUUGACGAUACAGCUCAUUCAGAACCAUUUUGUUGAUGAGUAUGACCCCACGAUAGAGGAUUCCUACAGAAAGCAAGUAGUCAUCGAUGGAGAGACCUGUUUGUUAGACAUCUUGGACACUGCAGGGCAGGAGGAGUACAGUGCCAUGAGAGACCAGUACAUGAGAACGGGGGAAGGAUUCCUGUGUGUCUUCGCCAUCAACAACACCAAGUCCUUUGAAGAUAUUCACCAGUAUAGAGAGCAGAUCAAGAGGGUGAAAGACUCAGAUGAUGUCCCCAUGGUGCUGGUGGGGAAUAAAUGUGACCUCCCUGCGCGGACAGUGGAGACCCGGCAAGCGCAGGACCUGGCCCGGAGCUACGGGAUCCCCUACAUAGAAACGUCUGCCAAAACCAGACAGGGCGUUGAGGAUGCCUUCUACACCUUGGUGCGGGAGAUCCGGCAGCACAAGCUGCGCAAGCUGAAUCCCCCGGACGAGAGCGGCCCCGGCUGCAUGAACUGUAAAUGUGUGGUAUCGUGACUAUGCUGUCUGGACCGUGUCUUGGCGAGGUUCCCACUGUGCAGUGUGCAAGGAAAGAGGUGAAGCAAAGGAAGCAGCAAAUGGAUUCAGAGGAGGAGUACUGGGGGGGGGAGAGGAGCAGGACGAAGAGGACAGGGGGAGCAUGAGGCCCUCCAAGGACUAUCUCGCACUUCACCCAAGCCUGUGGCAAACAACUUCUUUUUUUUUUUUUAUCCCCAUCCCCUCAUCCUUUGGCCUCCUCCCACCCCGGCAACUGUACAAAGCCACAGAUUGAAUCACAGUAAAUUAUUAUUUGAUCGUCUCAACAAA